CUACAUUGUGGUCCGCUCGUUUGCCUCCAGUCCUUGUCAGCUCAGCUGCGACACUGACGGUCCGCUCCUCUACCCUCGCUACCCCCCCAGAGCAGAGCGCAGAACCCCCGGACAAACUCACCUUUAGCGACCCUGACAGCGAGCUUCAAGCCCCGGAUAAUGCAGCACCGGCAGCACCGGCAGUACCAGCAAGGCUUUACCGGAUAAAGAGCUCGUUGGAGCGGAGUAAAGGAAGGACGACCGCCGCUGCCUGUGGAGGAGGUGGUGGUUGUUGGCGAGGGAAGCGAGCAGCCCCGGAAGGCCUGCCCGUGUUGUUCCCGCUGAGAGGAAGAGGAAGUGAUGUCACGCCACCACCACCGCUUUGAACGGGACUACCGGGCGCCAUGGGAGCGGAGGGACAUCCGCCCGUCGGGGGGCCUCCACAAUGGGGGAGCCAAUCAUUGCUGUGCCUCUGCCGUCGUCAACGGCAACAACCGCCCGGGGCUCCUUCCCCUGCCCGUCAUUGCCUCCCUCCUGCCCACGCCCGCCACCGUUGCCGUGACGACGUCCAGUGGCGACAUCGUGGCCAAGCGAGGCAUCGCGGCGGCGGGCUCGGUGGCGCCAGCGUCAGCCAAGGUGUCGCCAGGUGACAACCAAAGCUCCGGCCUGCUGCUCACGCCAGGGGUGAGGUGGGGGCAGAUGCCCAUCAACCAGCUCACGCCGUGGGACACCGACGAGCCCCCCAGCAAGCAGCAUCGAGACGGCGAGGCCACAGGUCCCACCUGGGUGGCGCCGGUCGCCACUGCCAGCCAGUCCAAUCUCCUCCCCCACACCUACCCCCUCCCUCAGCCGCCGUCUUACAAUCACAGCGUGACAGCCCAGUCCCCCGUCAGCGGGGUGACGCCCUCCAUCCAGACACCGGUGCCCCCGCAGCACCCGCUCAUGACCGCCCACUUCCAGCUGACACCCCAGUCCACCACCCAGCCACCCGCCAUGGUCCUCAGCAUGCCCAGCCAGCCGCCGUACGUGGCGCCGUCCACCCUGGCCGCCCAGCCGGGCCAGGUGGUUCACCCUGGCCCUCACGGCAUGAUGGGUAACGGCCACUUGAGCUCUCACCCAAACCUCAUCCGGCUCCCGACGGCGCCUCUCACCAAUGGGCAGGCCGCCGGCGCCCAGGCCCCACUCACAGUCGACAAUCAGGACGCUCCUAACGGGCUGCAAAUGCUGCGGACGGUCGGGAUGGGGAAGUAUGAGUUCAGUGAUCCGGGACAUCCCAAAGAGAUGUUGAGGGAGCUGAACCAGCAGCGCAGAGCGAAAGACUUUACAGACCUGAAAAUAAUUGUUGAAGGCAAAGAGUUUGAAGUCCACCAAAAUGUUCUAGCUUCCUGCAGCUUGUAUUUCAAGGACCUGGUCAAAAGGUCGUCGGGCGAGGCGCGUAACGGCGAGAUGCUAAAGCUGAGCAUGAGCAACAUCGCCGCCGACGUGCUGGAGCAGCUGCUGGAGUUUGUGUACACGGGAUCGCUGGUCAUCGACUCGGCCAACGCCAAGACGCUGCUGGAGGCCGCCAACAAGUUCCAAUUCAACACCUUCUGCAAAGUCUGCGUGUCCUUCCUGGAGAAGCAGCUGACGGCAGCAAACUGUCUGGGAGUGUUGGCCAUGGCUGAAGCCAUGAGCUGCACGGAGCUGCACAACAUGGCCAAAGCCUUUGCUCUGCAGAACUUUCCUGAGGUGGCAGGCCAGGAGGAGAUCCUGAGCGUGUCCAAGGAGGACCUGGUGGCCUAUUUGUCCAACGACAGCCUCAACACCAAAGCCGAGGAGCUGGUUUACGAGACGGUCAUCAAAUGGAUCAAACGGGACUCCAGCUCCAGAGUCGAGCAUUUGUCUGAGCUGCUGGCGGCCGUGCGCCUGCCCUUCAUCCACCCGUCCUACCUGCUCAACGUGGUGGACAAUGAGGAGCUCAUCAAGUCGUCUGAGGCAUGCAGAGACCUCGUCAACGAGGCCAAGCGCUACCACAUGCUACCACACGCCCGCCAGGAGAUGCAGACCCCCAGAACUAGACCCAGACUCUCUGCAGGUGUGGCAGAGGUCAUCGUCCUGGUGGGGGGGCGCCAGGCCAUUGGCAUGAGCCAGCGUUCCCUGACGGCGGUCACCUGCUUCAACCCGCAGAACGGCAAGUGGUACCCGCUGGCCAGCUUGCCCUUCUACGACCGCGAGUUCUUCAGCGUCAUCUCGGCCGGCGACAACAUCUACCUGUCAGGUGGCACAGAGUCUGGUGUGAUGCUAGCUGACGUGUGGUGCUACAUGUCCCUGCUGGACAACUGGAACCUGGUGUCCCGCAUGACGGUCCCUCGCUGCAGACACAACAGUCUGGUCUACGACGGAAAGCUCUACACCAUCGGAGGCCUGGGCGUUUCAGGGAAUCUGGACCACGUGGAGAGGUACGACACCAUCACCAACCAGUGGGAGACGGUGUCGCCGCUGCCCAAGCCGGUGCACUCGGCGGCGGCCACGGUCUGCGGCGGCAAGGUGUACGUGUUUGGCGGCGUCAACGAGGCCGGCCGCUCGGCGGGCGUGCUGCAGUCGUACGUGCCGCAGAGCGACGCGUGGAGCUUCAUCGAGUCGCCCAUGAUAGAUAACAAAUAUGCACCGGCAGUCAGUCUCAACGGCUUGGUGUACAUCCUGGGAGGAGCCUACGCCAGAGCCACCACCAUCUACGACCCCGACAAAGGCAACAUCAAAGCCGGACCCAACAUGAACCACUCCAGGCAGUUCUGCAGCUGCCGCCACCCUGCCUCACUCUGAGAGGUCGCACCACCUGGCCGACGGCACCCUGGCAUCCUCGACAGCCGUUAGCAGCAGCACGCUUUCCACACCGUCUCUGCUGGACUGCACUGACAUCCCCACGGCAACAACAAAUGACCAGACGGGCUUCUUGGGGGAAAUAUCAACUCCACCCACUGGAAACAACAUCAAGAUGGAUGAGAUCUUUUACUCAACUCACACACUAUGUAAUAACACCUGUUGGUUAGGAUUUAAAACGUCAUUAAAAUCCAAAUAUAACAUCUGGUGCUGUGCAUUUGUUUAGCUUUGUGAAAUAUAAACUGACAUUUGCACUGCAACAGCCAUAUAUCAGACGUAAACAAUAAUCAUAAUAUUAAUAAAUUUGAUUUAUAUAGCGCCUUUCACAGUAGAUCCCUGCACACUCAUAAUUCAGGAUUUUUGCUAAAAAAAUCUUUCCUUUCUCUGAAAGUAGGCUUUUUUUCCUGCAAAAAACAUGUCAUUCUCAUUCAUUUCAUUUCUUGUACUCUUUCAGAAAAAAUGUUUGGAAAAACUAGAUCAAUAUCCAUAAUGCCACUGCUUUGUGUGGUUAGUGCUCUUUUCCCAAGGUCAUCAUAAAGACUCAAUAACAUACUGAUGGAAAACAAAUAACACUACCAAACACUGACUGAGCUUUACACACAAGGAAGCAACUUGUGUCAGUUCUUCUCUUUGUCUCUCCCACUGCUGCCAUGCCAACUAACUCCUCAUGUCAACUAACUCACCAUACAAACUAACUCCAUAUAUCCGUCAUCUAACACCUCAUACAAACUAACUCCCCAUACAUCAGACAACUCGUUAACUAACUGCCCAUAUACACUAACUCCCCAUACAUCAGACAACUCCUUAACUAACUGCCCAUAUACACUAACUCCCCAUACAUCAGACAACUCGUUAACUAACUGCCCAUAUACACUAACUCCCCAUACAUCAGACAACUUGUUAACUAACUGCCCAUAUACACUAACUCCCCAUACAUCAGACAACUCGUUAACUAACUGCUCAUAUACACUAACUCCCCAUACAUCAGACAACUCGUUAACUAACUGCCCAUAUACACUAACUCCCCAUACAUCAGACAACUCGUUAACUAACUGCCCGCAUACACUAACUCCCCAGACAUCAGACAACUCCUUAACUAACUGCCCGUAUACACUAACUCCCCAUACAUCAGACAACUCGUUAACUAACUGCCCAUAUACACUAACUCCCCAUACAUCAGACAACUCCUUAACUAACUGCCCAUAUACACUAACUCCCCAUACAUCAGACAACUCGUUAACUAACUGCCCGCAUACACUAACUCCCCAUACAUCAGACAACUCGUUAACUAACUGCCCAUAUACAGUGGGGCAAAAAAGUAUUAAGUCAGCCACCAAUUGCGCACCCCACUUAAAAGAUGAACGAGGUCUCCAAACUUCAUCAUUAGUAUACCUCAACUAAGUAUUUGGUCACCUACAAACAAGCAAGAUUGCUGGCUCUCACAGACCUGUAACUUCUUCUUUAAGAGGCUCCUCCUCCCUCCACUCGUUAUCUGUAUUAAAGGCAUCUGUUUGAACUCAUUAUCAGUAUAAAAGACACCUGUCCACAAUCUCUCCAAACUCCACUAUGGCCAAGAUCAAAGAACUGUCAAAGGACAACAGAAAAAAAGUUGCAGACCUCCACCAGGCUGGGAAGACUGAAUCUGCAAUAGCUAAGCAGCUUGGUGUGAAGAAAUCAACUGUGGGAGAAAUUAUUAGAAAACGGAAGACAUACAAGACCAUUGAUAAUCUCCCUCCAUCUGGAGCUCCACGCAGGAUCUCACCCUGUGGGGUCAAAAUGAUCACGAGAAACUACCUCCCCAUAUAUCAGACAACUAAGUCAUAUAAACUACCUCCCCAUAUAUAUCAGGCAAGUCAUGGAAACUAUCUUCCCAUAUAUCAGACAACUAACUCAUGUAAACUACCGCCCCAUAUAUCAGACAACUAAGUUAUGUAAACUACCUCCCCAUAUAUCAGACAACUAAGUCAUGUAAACUAACGCCCCAUAUAUCAGACAACUCCCCAUAUAAACUAACUCCCCAUAUAAACUAACUCCCCAUAUAUCAGACAACUCCCCAUAUAAACUAACUCCCCAUGUAUCAGACAACUCCCCAUAUAAACUAACUCCCCAUGUAUCAGACAACUCCCCAUAUAAACUAAAAUCCCAUAUACCAGACAACUCCCCAUAGAAAUUAACUCCCCAUAUAUCAGACAACUACCUCCCCAUAUAAACUAACAUCCCAUAUAUGAGACAACUACCUCCCCAUAUAAACUAACUCCCCAUAUAUCAGACAACUCCCCAUAUGAACUAACUCACUAUGUAUCAGACAACUCCCCAUAUAAACUAACUCCCCAUAUAUCAGACAACUCCCCAUAUAAACUAACAUCUCAUAUAUCAGACAACUACCUCCCCAUAUAAACUAACAUCCCAUAUAUCAGACAACUCCCCAUAUCAACUAACUUCCACAUAUAUCAGACAACUCCCCAUAUAAACUAACUCCCCAUAUAUCAGACAACUCCCCAUAUAAACUAACAUUCCAUAUAUCAGACAACUACCUCCCCAUAUAAACUAACAUCCCAUAUAUCAGACAACUCCCCAUAUCAACUAACUUCCACAUAUAUCAGACAACUCCCCAUAUAAACUAACUCCCCAUAUAUCAGACAACUCCCCAUAUAAACUAACAUUCCAUAUAUCAGACAACUACCUCCCCAUAUAAACUAACAUCCCAUAUAUCAGACAACUACCUCCCCAUAUAAACUAACAUCCCAUAUAUCAGACAACUAACUCCCCAUAUAAACAUCCUAUAUAUCAGACAACUAACUCCCCAUAUAAACUAACUCCCCAUAUAAACUAACAUCCUAUAUAUCAGACAACUCUGAUAUAUACAUAUAUAUAUACUGCUCAAAAAAAUUAAAGGAACACUUCGAAAACACAUCAGAUCUAAACUGGGGGAAAAAUGAUCUUGAAUAUCUUUCCUGAUAAUUAGUGGGUGAUGUAUUAGUAACAAAAUGAUGCCACAUAAUUUGAUAGAAAUAAAAAUGAUCACCCUAUAGAGGGGGGAAAUCAAAGACACCCCAAAAAUUAAAGUGAAAAAAUGAUGCAGCACA